AUGGGCAACAUCAAGAAAGCCAUCACAGCUCGACUGUCCCGGGAGAAGGACCGAGACAGACCCGAGUCUCAGAACGUGUCAGCCGGGGCGACUCGGCAGAGGAAACCGUCCCCGCCGGCCAGCAUCGAACUGGACGCCAUUCAGCUGAGUCCCAUCAAGAAGCACCUGAGUUUCCCCGCGGGACCCCCUCUGGUACGGACCGGCAGCACCUCCUCCAGCAAGUCUUUCGACUGCAUGACCUUCAGUCUGAACGGGGGCAGAGAGGACCAAGAGGGCGGCGCAGGAGGCUCAGACCGGGAACGGGGGCGUCCUGCAGGCUCUCACCGCCACUCCACUAUCAGCUUGCAGGAGGCCCACUUGCUCAGGCCGGAGGAGGCCCAAGACCUGCUGUCCCCGGGAGCCCCCCUCACCAAGCAGUCCCGAUCCCCCAGCUUCAACAUGCAGAUCAUAUCGCAGUGCCCCCACGCUCCCGCACGCUCUCGCACGCUCUCGCACGCUCUCGCACGCUCUCGCACGCUCUCGCACGCUCUCGCACGCUCUCGCACGCUCUCGCACGCUCCCGCACGCUCCCGCACGCGCUCGCACGCUCCCCCACGCUCCCCCAAGCUCCCGCACGCUCCCGCACGCUCCCCCACGCUCUCGCACGCUCCUACACGCUCUCCCACGCUCCGCCACGCUCCGCCACGCUCUCGCACGCUCCGCCACGCUCUUGCACGCUCUCGCACGCUCCCCCACGCUCACUUACGCUCUUGCACGCUCCUCCACGCUCCCGCACGCUCCCCCACGUUCCUCCACGCUCCCUUACGUUCCCCCACGCUCCCGCACGCUCCCGCACGCUCUCGCACGCUCCCGCACGCUCCCGCACGCUCCCGCACGCUCUCCCACGCGCUUGCACGCUCCCCCACGCUCUUGCACGCUCUUGCACGCUCCCCCACGCUCUCAUACGCUCUCAUACGCUCUCAUACGCUCCCUUACGCUCUAGCACGCUCCUCCACGCUCCCUUACGCUCUUGCACGCUCUCGCACGCUCUCACACGCUCCUCCACGCUCCUCCACGCUCUCGCACGCUCCCCCACGCUCUCGCACGGUCCCCCACGCUCCCGCACGCUCCCCAACGCUCUCAUACGCUCUCAUACGCUCCUCCACGCUCUCGCACGGUCCCCCAUGCUCCCUUACGCUCUCGCACGCUCCUCCACGUUCCUCUACGCUCUUGCACGCUCUCGCACGCUCUCGCACGCUCCCCCACGCUCUCGCACGCUCCCCCACGCUCUCGCACGCUCCCGCACGCUCCCCACGCUCUCACACGUUCCUCUACGCUCCCUUACGCUCCCCCACGCUCUCGCACGCUCCCCCACGUUCCCCCACGCUCCCCCACGCUCCUGCACGCUCCCCCACGCUCCUGCACGCUCCCCCACCGUCUCAUACGCUCUUCCACGCUCUUAUACGCUCCUCCACGCUCUCGCACGGUCCCCCACGCUCCUCCACGUUCUCGCACGCUCCCGCACGCUCCCUUACGCUCUCGCACGCUCCUCCACGCUCCCUUACGCUCUAG